GAUUCAGAGCACUAAACCUUAUCCAAUUUCUUUAAGUCUUCAAAAACUUAAAGAUAUAUUGGAUGUAAAUAAGCCGAUGGAUACAGAUUGUUUUAACAUGGCUGUUCGGAUGAUCGCAUGCAAUGAUUCCUUGUUCUUGUUGGAAGACAAAUACCACUACAUGGAUCUACAGUUCUGUGUAAGUUCAAGUAAUUAGUCUUUAUUCAUAUAAGUGUGUUCAUUAUAUAAUUAUUUUACUAACAAAAAGUAGUCCAUAACUAAAUUUGGUCGAGACCCUCGCCUUCGUGCAAAGCCAGAUAUCAACAUGUUGGCAAAAUUAUUAGAAUGUUGGCCUGACAUGGAGUACGAUGUUUCAGAUUGCAAACAAAUUCUAUUGCCCUUUUCUUUCUUGGGUCACUUCACCUUAUAUGUACUUAACAUGGACACUAGAAGCAUCUAUAUAAUGGACUCCAUGCCUAUACCAUCAUGGUUUAAGGGUGAUCAUCCUAGCAUGCAUUAUAUUCAUAAUAUACAUUAUAUUGCCAAUAAUAUGAAUGCUGCCAUGGAAUUGGCCAAUCCUACAUGGAAAGACGAUAUUUAUAUGUGGCGUCGUAUAGUACCAACAUGGGUUCCAAGAACAUUAAACUGGGAUUUAUCUGGCUUUCUUGUUAUCAACUUUAUGCACGAUUGGAAUGGUAUAAGGUUACCCUGCAUUUGCACUAAUGGGAAUGACCUGAGGACCAAAUUCUUAGUAGAAUUAUUGAAGUACAAGGACAAUGAAUCCAAAGACAACAUUCCAGAAGAAAUACAAGAAAUUAUUAGGCACAUCAGAUAGAUAUGAUUUUAUUUGUAAUGAUACUCAACUUAUUAUCCUAAUUAAUUUUAUUGCCUUUUAGGUUCGUAGUAUCGUUAGGAACAUUUGCCAACAUAUAUUUUAGUUAUAUGUUGCACAUAUGAAGGCAGUUCAGUUUUCUGUACUUUCAAAGAUGCAUUGGUGUUUUAGAAGCUUCAGCUUAUCCUACUGUAAUACUGUGCUUAAAAGACUCCUAUGGGUUUCCAUCUUUUUAUUGGAAACGAAGUACCAUAC